GUUUCUCCUCCGACAACCCUUCAUAUUACCUCACGUUUGUGCCACCGCGCGGGCUCGUUGAAUUUCCCUUACUGAUUGUAGACGUGUUGCAGACCUGCCGUUUAGCCAUGGGUAGCCCGAUUUCGAUUUUGCAGCGGGAAGGGGAGACCCUCUCCCUCCUCAGCCGGAUCCCUGCCCUGUUCUGGAGCUUCGACUGUCUCGAGCUGGGCAUGGCAAAUGCCAGCUUUCCCGCUGUGCCAGCUAGGGGCAGGAUCAAAGAAACCCAACGCUUCCCAACCCCUUCCACUCCUCCUCAACAAGAACCAUAAAACCGUCCGUAACAUUAACACUCGCGGCCUCUACUUGUCUUUCGGCGCGCAGGACAGAAAUCUUUGCACACAUCAUAUACCAUUCCCUACCACAAUCUGUGUUCUCUGUCAACUGCUCCCGUCGUCGCCGUGCGCCCAAUGCCAUCUGCUAAGCACAACGUCAUCACGAUGGCACCUCUCGUCCCGCGAUUCCACCUCUUCGAAAUCGACGAUCAGACAUGGUUCCCCUCCUUCCUUCGCGCUCAUGUUCAAGAAGGGCUCCAUGCCGCUUGGGUUAACAGAGUCCCCGUCCUCCAGCCGAACUCCCCAGCCCGUGUCGCCGCCCAGAUCCUCCAGCGCAUCCUUGGUCCUCGGCUGCCCUCCUACACCUUCAUUGACUUCUGCGCCGGCUCCGGCGGGCCCACACCGGCCAUCGAGCGCUACGUUAACCGCUACCUCGCGGCCCAGAAGCAGCCCAGUGUCGACUUUGUCCUGACAGACCUGCACCCCAACACCGAUGCUUGGGCCCGCGCCGCGGCGAAGAGCGAUCACAUCGGCUAUGAACCCAAAAGCGUCGACGCCGCCGCCGCGCCUCGCGAGCUCAUUGACGGGUAUACGACAAAGGGUAAGAAGGUCUUUCGCCUCUUCAAUCUGGCCUUCCACCACUUUGACGACCCGCUGGCCAAGGCGAUUUUGAAAAACACAAUCGAGACCUCGGACGGCUUCGCCAUAUUUGAGCUGCAAGGACGCGAUCUUUACUCCUUUCUCAUGCCCGCCAUCCUCGGCAUAGGUUGUUUCCUCCUGGCCCCGCUGCAUGCGUGGAGAUUACGUUCGCUUUCCGCCUUGAUUUUCACCUACCUCAUACCCAUCCUGCCAUUUGUGCUAGUGUUUGACGGGUACGUCUCAGCCUUGAGGACGAGGACACCCGACGAGGUUGAGGCACUGAUGCAGUCGUGCGGGGUUCGCACGGAUGGCUGGGAGUUCAAAAGCGGCAGUGAAGCAUAUAUGCCACCUUUUGGGUAUGUGAACUGGAUAGUGGCCGAAAAAGUCUCGUCCAGAGACUGGUGACAAGACGGGAAGGAGGAAGAAGCCAGACCUUAGUGUAUACAAGUACAUGACGCAGUGCUUCGGUCUUUCACGAGCAAGCAUUUAUGGUUGCUGCCCAGGAGGUAGGUUGUACUCGACAAUACGAGGCCAAACGGGCGAACAUAGCAAUCGCGACAAGUUGUCAAUGGAGACAUGUCUGGCAUCAGGUGCGAGCCACACAACACGCAUUUAGCCUCGUUGACGAGUCUGCCGUGGAUGAACAAACUAUAAAAGUUGCCCGUCUCAAGUCCACUUCAGCCCGUCAACCAACAUACCAGAUAGAUCUUUUGAAAGCACACCUGUGAGAGGGCAUCACAGAAAGAGCGCCUUCGCUUUGACGUCCAAUA